AUGGCUCUACUGAAAAGAAACGCCUCACUCUCCCCUCCAGCAGCAGCAGGUCCUAUUUCAUGCGGCCAGGGCAGUGGAGUCGAGGGUAGGCUGAAGCAGCUGCAGCAACUGCAGCAAGUGCUGCAGCAGGAACUGCAGCACCAGCUGCAGCAAGAGCAGCAGCAACAGGGCCUCCCUGGGCCCCUCAUGAAAAGACAGCAAACUGCAGCAGAGGAAACAAAGAGACACAGCAGAAGCUGCAGCAAACUGCAGCAGCAACAACAGCAACCGCCGCUGCUGCAGCAACAGCAGCCGCAGCACCAGCAGGACGCGAAGGAGCAACAGCAGCAGCAACAGCAGCAGCAGCAGCAGCAACAGCAGCAGCAGCAAGAACAGGAAAAGAUGACGAGUCUUUCUGGAGGCGACCUCAUUCAGGUCAUCGACUAUGAUGGGGAGAUGACGGCUGACCUUGAGAAGUGGAUGCAGCAGCAAGGGCUCUCCGAGUUGGGUUUUGGAUUUAACGUCAUCACCAUCUUGGGCUCGCAAAGCAGCGGAAAGAGCACUUUGAUGAAUGCAUUGUUUGGCUGCACAUUUCAAGUGAUGGACGCACAGCGCGGCUAUUCGCAAACAACGAAGGGCUUGUGGGCGGGUCGCGACCACCUCCCCAGCAGCAGCAGCAGCAGCAGCGGAAGCAGCAGCAGCAGCAGCAGCAGCAGUAUGGGUGUGAGCGGGGGCUUACCGCUGGAGCGCCCAGUGUUAAUACUUGAUGUGGAGGGCUUAGACUCCAGGGAGCGAGGAGAGCGAAGACAGACGUAUGAAAAUUUCUUUGCUUUGUUUGCUCUCGCUCUUGCAGAUUGUCUGCUUGUUAAUAUUAGUUGUUCAGCUUUAGGCUGCCACACGGGUUCAGGCUUCGCGCUGCUGAAGACAGUUAUGGAGGCUCAUUUGGAGCUCUUCUUGCUGCAGGAGAACGCCCCUAAAACGAUUUUGCUGUUUGCAGUUCGCGACUGGGCGCCAAGCAUCGUCCCUGAAGACGUAAUGAAGGAGAAAAUAAUUAAAGACUACGUCAACAAGAUCUGGAAUGAAAUCGAUAAGCCUGAGGCAGCAGCAAAUGCUACUGCUGCAGAUUUCUUUACUGUUGAGGUGAUGGGCUUAGCCCACAAACUCCUCGCCCCACAGGAAUUCGAGAAAGACGUCAUCCGCCUUAGAAACAGAUGGGCGAGCGAAUUUAGCCCCAAGUCAUAUACCCGCCGCAUUCCAGCUGAUGGAUUCGGAGCAUACGCAAAAAAUAUAUGGGAGACAAUAAAGCAACAGUCUCACUUGGACAUCCCUAAUCAGAAAGAGAUGCUUGCAAUAUAUCGCUGCCAGGACCUGAAGCAGCAGGCGCUGCAUGCAGCAGCAACCCGUGCUGCGCUGCUGCAAAAGCAGUACAUAAAACCAACAGCAGCAGAUGCAGCAGCAAUUAAGGGCGAAAUGAUUUCAAUUGCAAAGGAUGCCCUCGCACAGUACUUGUCGCAGGCCACGCGCUACCAGGAGAAGAUUUGCAGCAGCGUGAAGGAUGAACUCAUCGAAGGGCUCGUUAGCUUAUUUAAGCCGAUUGUGGAGGCGCAGCUGUCGGAGGCCCGCGAACGAAUUGCAAACAAACACAAAGACGAACUCAGGGAGGCAUAUAGCCAUUCUUCAAGGGACGCGACUGUACGUCUGACGGGAACUUUGAACAAAGAAAGCAGUAGCAGCAGCAGCAGCAAACCUUGCAGCAGCAGCAGCAGCAGUAGCAACAGCAGCAGCAGCAGCAGUAGCAACAGCAGCAAAAGACAACCGUCUCAUAGUGCACACGGAGCAUUAGCCGGAGCAGCAAUUCGUGCAUUGUUGCUGUUGCUGCUGCUGCUGCUACAGGGAAAGGGAGAGCCGAUGCUAGAGGCCUGGGCUGUUUUCCGCAAGAGGAGAGGAGAUGCAGCAGGAGACAAAUACAAUACGCGAGAAGCAGCAGACUGCCUUGGAACAAGCCAUUUCGAUUUUUCGCCGGAGAGUUUCUGGGAGCUGUGUAGGGGGCGUGCUGCAGCAUCAGCAACUCUCUGUGCUGCUUAUUUUGCUGCUGCUGCUAAAGGCCUCAGCAGCGACCCUGAGGAGGGCGACCCCGCAACAGCAGCAGCAGCAGCAACAGCAGCAGCUGCAGAGUUUGCUGUUCGCUGCCGAACUAUCGCCUUGUGGCAGCUGCGGAAGAACCUCGAGAAACUCACAGGGUGUCUGCAUAUUUAUAUCAUUGAGAGGUUUAAUUCCUUCUUCUCCUUUGAUGAAGAAGAACAGCCGCGCCGUUGGGAAUUGCUGUCAGCAGAAACCCUCGACUCUCUCUUCUCAAAGGCAAAGACUCAGGCUUUAUUGCUGAUACCGACGCUGCGGGAGGUGCAGCUGAGUCGGCUGAGUUUGCUGUCUUCAACUCUGGAGGACAAGGACCUGAAAGAAGGCCAGGAGGCAGAAGCAGGAGCAGCAGCGGCAGGAGCAGCAGCAGCAGGAGAGGAGGGUUUGAAGCACUCAAUGCCUGCUUCUUUCUACAGGCCUUUGAUAGACGCAAUAUCCGCUCAAAGUAUUCAAAGAAAAGCUGUAGCGACGAUGCAGCAGCAGUGUCGGGAGGCGCAGCUGCUGCAGCAGCGCUGCAGCAGCAGAGCUUCAUGGAGGGCAGUUCCGCUGUGGGGUUGGGUGUUGCUGCUAUGCCUUGGAUGGGAUGAGCUGGGUUUUGUUUUGUCGUUCAUAAGCAGCAGCUGGGUGCUGCUGCUGCCUCUGCUGCUGCUGCUGCUGUUGCUUGCUGGUGCUGUAUUCCUUACGGGGAAGCUUGAUCUCGUUACAAACAGUGCCAAACAUGCAGCGCAGCUGGUGCGGCUGCUGCUGCAGCCUUUUCUCUAUGGAUUGCUGAGGAGAGCAACAGAUAUGAUGGAGCCUAGUGGAUUGGCGGGGCGAGGCAUUUCGAUUCCCCCGGCUCCAGCUGAGCCCAGGGCCCCUACAAAACCUCAAAAGCAGCGAGACGAAAUCGCCGAGCUGAAGGAGAAGAUCGCUGAACACACACACUCCAAGUGA